AUGCAGGUUGUCAGUGAAUUCAUCUCAAGUUACUUGUCAAGAAGAAUGGAAAAAAAAGAGGAAACAAACACCAAACAAAGUCCGGAGCAUCGCUCGGAGUCGCCACCUCCAAGAUGUCCAAGAAGUCUCGCUCAUCUCAAUACUGUUCAUAUGCGCGAUCAGACUCCACGCGCGCAUAUUCGUGCUUUCAACGAGGACGGGUCUCUCAAUGACGAGUAUGUUCCAUCACGCAACCUCGGCGAAAGAAUCUUCCCAGCCGGUGUUUCUAAUGAUGUGUCUGGUGGAACCGCUCAAGAGGUGGGCCCAAGCAAGAAGGCUGAUGGCCAACGAGGUGGAGUAGGUGACAAAGGCAACAAAGAUCAAGUCUUAACUGAAUGUUACGACAACGGCGACAAUGACUUUGACAUUUUAUGUGAGGACCGUUUGUCGGCAGUUAGUGUAGUGGAAAAUUUUGUAAAGUCAAUUUUCCAUUGCAAAGAAAUUUGCUACAAAAUCGACGGAAAUGAAAACAUCACCGAAGCUGUUUUGGAGAUCAUAAAUGACACACAUUCUGGAUCUUCUGAAGUGGAAUUGGGAUAUUUGGGGGUUAACGUCAGGAGGGGGAGAAAUGGUACGUAUAGAGUACCUAAUCUACCCCCAAUAGAAAAUGAUGCUUUGAAAUUAGUACUCGACACGUUGCGAGAUGAUAUCGAUUUGAAAAUUAAUUGUUGUCCAGGAGAAGGAUUUCAGUAUGAUAAGCCAAUAAGACAAAAAAAUGUUUUCAUGGGUACAGCUAACUGGUUCACAUUAAAAAAUUUUAUGGAUUCAAAGUGCGAGUAUUUCCAUGUGAAUACGAUGUUUCGGCCUCCAUCUCGGUUUUCAUUGAAGAACGUUAAUACGUAUCUCAAAAGAUGGAAUACUGGAGCACAACCACACAUUCGUAAAUUUAUAAUAAAAUGUGAAUGGAACAAAAUACAGAUCAAUCAGACUCUUUUCGACGGGAUCGAUGUUUUUGAUAUUGUGGAAACAACACAACAGGAUAAUAAUGGUGCCGUCGCUUAUCAGUUUGAAUGUAAAAUACAAGGAGUAAAUGGAACCACUGCGUCAGUUUCAAUUAAGAAACAAAUAUUUAGGUUCCAAGUUUUAUAA